GGUUAUGCUGGGAUUGCAAUGAUAUCUAUGGAAUGGGAGUAAACGGGAGCGCCGUAGUGGAAUUCUGUACAGGAAUCAGAUGUGUCAGAGGAGCAUUUGAAAUUUUCCUGAAAACCUUACUUCACCGAGAAAUCGCCAUUAAUCUGCAGUUGUGUGAAGCUGAGAAUUGCAUUUUAAUUACCAGUCUGGAACUUCAAAGGGAUCUGGAGAUACUGGGCUGCCAACCUUCGGUUCUAGAUGUGAAGCAAUCCCAUGAUGCAACAUGCAUCCCCUGCAUCAUCGCUAACCAUGAUGGCAACCCAAAGUGUGCCCCCUCCAACGUACCAAGAAAGCCAACAGAUGACGGCCACGGCACAGCAGACUACCAAGACACAGCCAGUGCAUAUUCCAGCAUCCUCCACAGCUGCUACUCCUGUAGCCACUGUACCACUUGAUCCUCAAGCACAGCUGGAGUCUGACAAAAGAGCAGUGUACAGGCAUCCGCUCUUUCCACUCCUCGCUCUCUUGUUCGAGAAAUGUGAACAGGCUACGCAGGGAUCAGAGUGCAUUACCUCAGCGAGCUUCGAUGUUGACAUUGAAAACUUUGUUCACCAGCAAGAGCAGGAGCACAAGCCCUUCUUCAGCGAUGAUCCAGAAAUAGACAGCCUGAUGGUUAAAGCCAUUCAGGUUCUGCGAAUCCAUCUGCUCGAGCUGGAGAAAGUCAAUGAACUUUGCAAAGACUUCUGCAACCGCUACAUAACUUGUCUUAAGACGAAGAUGCACAGUGACAACCUACUUCGCAAUGACCUAGGAGGCCCAUACUCCCCUACAGCUGUGACACACACUCUCCCAGCACAGAGCUCUCCAUCCUCUCUGACAGCGAUAACCAAUUCUGUCAACUCUCAGGGGAUUGUGGUACCGACCUCUGCACUACAACAAGGGAAUGCUGCCAUGCCAACACAAGUGGUAACAGGUGGAACAAUUUACCAGCCGGUAACUAUGGUAACCUCUCAGGGUCAAGUGGUGACCCAGGCCAUUCCGCAGGGUACAAUACAGAUCCAGAAUACACAGAUAUUUGGGAAGUGUUGCUGGAGUAGUCUUGGUACACACAGUGCACCAUUGGUGAACCUGGAGCUGACCUCUCUCCUACAGGAUGGGGAAGACAAGAAGUCAAAGAGUAAACGUGGAGUCCUGCCCAAACAUGCCACAAACAUCAUGCGGUCCUGGCUUUUCCAGCAUCUUGUGCAUCCUUACCCGACAGAGGACGAGAAGAGACAGAUUGCUGGUCAAACGAACCUCACACUCUUACAGGUCAACAACUGGUUUAUCAAUGCCAGGCGGCGUAUCCUGCAGCCAAUGCUUGAUGCCAGUAAUCCUGACCCAGCUCCUAAAGCUAAGAAAAUCAAAUCCCAGCAUCGGCCAACUCAGCGUUUCUGGCCUGACUCAAUUGCAGCGGGUGUUCUACAGCAGCAAGGAGGGAAUCCCAGCAAUCCAGACAGUACUAUGACCACAGCCAUGGACAGUCUGCAGACACUCUCCUCCGACACCGCCACCCUUGCCAUGCAGCAGGCUAUGAUGGCUGGCCAUGCAGGCGAUGACUCAUUGGAUGGAACGGAUGAGGAGGAGGAGAUCGAAGAGGAAGAUGAUGAGGAAGAUGAAGACAAUGGGGAACUGCAGACGACCAAUGUAAAUGACCUGGGCCUGGAUAAUAGUGACUCACUCGACUAACAGCACUGUGUGCACACAGAGGAGGCAAAGAGAGUAAAGUUUCACCAGUGUGCGGACUGAUUUUUUUUUUAAUUAAAGACUCUUCUCCAGGAACAGGUCACAAUGAUGUGACAGUCAUAAGAAUGAAGGCCCCUGUGUCUAAAAUCUAUUUUGUGAUUAAUUCUGUAUUAAUGAAUGUUAUUGUGAAUGUAUCCUUCAUUUUUUUUUCGACAUUUGUUUUACAUUUGUAUUUUUUACUUGGCUGCUGUGGUCACUUCCACAGCCCCUCACUGCCCUAGCUUUCCACUCAGACUGAAGCUUUUCUUAACACUGGGGAGGGAGGGUGGAGCGAAAUGGCAAGAAUAUUUCCCUCAGGCUCUCGCCCCCUCUUUCCCGCUGAAAUAAAUGAUGUUUGAAAAAAGGGUAGAAAUUGGUUGUUGCACUUUCACUUUUGCCCUCCUUCUCUCCAGAUUGCUAUAGAUGGCCCUGGCAAGUCUGUUCUCCAAAUGUUAGAAUUUGCCCGAGGUGACUUGGGUCUCCAACAACUCUCUCCCAUCAGACAGCCUUUUGAUGCCCAUCUUGUGUACUUUUAUAAAUAGUAAAUAAAAGCAUUCAAAGAAAAGUUAAAAAAAAAAGUCUUAUGACUUUUCUCCUGACGAUUAUUCUCAAUAGUGUCCAGGAGAUUAACGUUUCAUUCAUGGGAGCUGCAGACUAGAUAAUGCUGUUCCUGGAACAUGAGGAACUUGGAUCUAAUUUUUCACUUGAGGAGAUUUCGUUAAUCGUCUGUCUGUAGACUCGUGACAACAAACAUCUAUUUGUUCUUUGAGUUACUACAAGUUAAAUUUUGAACCAGAUACACAUAUUUGAUCAGCUGUCUAGAUAUUUCUCUUAAUAUUUCAAUUACUAAAAAACUUUUUCUUGAAAUGUAAAAACUGUUUAUCAGAGGGAAUGUUCCCUAUCUUUGUAGAUCUGAGAAAAGUGUUGUUUUGUAACUGCCCAGAGGCUUUUCCUGAGUUGUAGCAAGUUCAAGCUUCACCCAACUGCUUGUGUCUGGUCUUUCCUAAGGAAUUGAAUGGACUGGAUUAGAUUUUAGGGCUUCAUCUCCUUCCACCUGGACUAUUAAUUCCAACCAUAAGAGAAAUCAGGCCCAACCUUUUGCCAGAGGCAAGACGUAUAGUAAGCACCACUCAUAUCAGUAUUCAGUUUAACAGGAACAUUGUAACAGGAAUAGUUGUGAUAGCUACGUAGGUCUGGAGACACAAGAGACUACAAUCUGGAAUCUGAAGCAACACAUAAUAUGCAGCAGGAACUCAGAAGGUCACGCAGCAUGUCAACUGUCCGUUCUCCUCUGUAGAUGUUGCAUGACCCUCGGAGUUCCUCCUGAAAUCUUGUGUGUUACUACAAAAGGUUUGCCCUGCCUCUGAAUUAGAAUGUUGUUAAACUGUAGCAAGUUGUUUAUCAACCUCUGUUCUAUUGUAUAUACACCUGGACUUAGUCCUAGAAGUACUCAGGAAUUAGGUUGUCCAGAACAGAAAGGGUUUACUGAUGAUCAUCAAUUGCUAAUGUUGCACUCUGCAGAGGUAUGGUGUCUUCUCUUCGGAUGCUGGAUGAUUUCUGCUCCGCACGAAGACAUAAAGAGACCCUGUCUCUAUAUUCCUUCAUAAAGUAAAAUGUAACCUUUGGACAUCAUGGCAAUGAACGAGAAAGGAGAUCUAGAAAUGCCCCAUUUGACAGCUUAGCUCCCCUUCAGUAGUGAAUCCCUGACUUUGUUCUUCCACGUUGUUUUUGUAUAGGAAUUGCACUGUCCUAAAUACAUUUGCAUGCGAUGUCAGCUCUGUAUUACCUUCACGUUUGAUUUAAAUUGAUUUUACAAAUGUAUCAAUAACUUGUCCCUUGUGACUAAUUUCAUAGGAACAGGAAAAGUCUAUCGGUCCCAAGCAUGCUCUGCCAAUUUUUGUUAGAUCAUAGCUGAUCUGUCUCUCAGCACUACUUACUCUCUUGAUAGCUUAGAUAAAAAUCUAAAUAGGAUUUAAAUGUUUAAAUUCCACUCCUCCCCCAACAACACACACACACACAUUUUUUGUUGAAGGAUUACAGAAUUUCACCUUUCUUUGUGUGAAGAAGUAUUUCUUUAAUUUAUAGAAGGUCUAGUCCCUAUACUACCCUCUGUUUUUAUAUUUUUCAUGCAUAUCAAUUCCUGAAAAUGUGAUAUUUGAGCAAGAUAUGCAGCCCCUUCUCACAUGGAUCCAGGUGUCCAAAGGCAUUUCAUUGCACAGCUAUGCAUCUCAUUAUGUCCCUGGCAAUUUGGUAUGUAAAUAUACAUCUCCUUAUGUGUAGUAAUAGUGUGAUCACUCAAGUCAAGUCUGAUGUUCUUCCUAAGGGGUUGUCUAUUGUUGGGUCCUCAGGUGGCUGUAGAGGCCGAUUCAGGGUCCACAUAUUCUGGUGCAGUGUGGGCACGAGUAAGUGGCGGCUAUGGUUAGUGGCUGGGUCUUUUGGUUGUUCAGUCUCUCCUAUCACAGCUGCCGCUUGUUCUCUGCAGUACAGCAGAGGUCACUCUCAUGUAGUACAAUUCCCUCUUGAACAGAUUUCCUCCAGAUAUAUCUAUUGAAUGUGUAGUAAUAUGUUGCAAAGCAUGGCCCUGGCCAGUUAUUAUCCCAAAGUGCUGUUGGCAGCAACCAAACUGUCCAUAACAGGGUUCUAUGGGUUACAUUAAUGGGAUAUGUGGCCACUUUAGUUUUCCUCUGCUGUUGUUUGACUUGGUUAUCAGUGGUACAAUAAUAUAUAUUCUGCUUGGCCAUGGCAGGUUCAAUUCUAAAAACACACAAAGAACUACAUUUAUUAAAUUCAAUUUCACAUUUUGCAGCCAGAGGAUUUUUUGUUAGUGUGUUGAAUUCAUGAACUUUAAUGACUGUUCCAUCGUCUUCAACUGCACACUAAGAAUAUUCCUUCUGUCCUUCAAAAUGGCAUCAAUGGGCUUUUUUUUAGCAUCUAUGUGCAUGGAUAGUCUCAACUAAAAGCGACUCAUACUGUGUGGCACUCAAUGCUGUCCCUGUGUCAGCCAAGCUUUUUGUAUUCAAAUCUUGAGCUGGCAACAUUGAAUGAGGGGUCAGAAUUGUAUGAACCGAACCAACUAAUGACCGGGCGCAAAAGUCUGUGAUAAACAAAGAAAUGUGGAUAACUAAAUCGAUGGUUGAUUUUUAUCUCUGAAUUAUCAGCUUACCAGACAACAGCCAGGGCUUUUUAUGGUCAUUCCAACUGUUUCACAUCUGCUUCUAUUGUUUCCCUCAAUCUAUUUUAAGAUACAAAAUUAAAAAAAUCCCCAUGUACAGCAAGACCGCCCAUUGAUCUUUGGCUGAUCAUCUCGGUGAAAGGGUGACACAAUCCACGUCCAGAUUCUUAUUGCCAAAUCUGUCUUAGUGAAGCCAAAUCAGUUGAUAGGGAAUAGGUACCAGUUGAUCACUUAGACAAUUACUAACAUUGAAUUUUAUGUUCUCAUCACUUAGUCUUCUCACCUUGCAUUAGCACUCAUGCACACAAUGCAUUAGCAUUCUGCUACUGGGAGCUUUGGCACAGCUGGCUGCCUCUCUGCAUCCUGAAUUACGGCAAUUUUUUUUGCCAACUUGGCUUACUGGGAAUUAUUUCCAUUAGUUUUUAUCCCAGACCUCAAAAGCAAUUUGAAAGAUGUUCUACUUUGGUUUGGUCGCAGGUUUUGAAUGGAAAAGUCCUGUGCCUGUCCAAGUCCAGCCAUGCUCCAGGCUUCAUUCAGGCCGCCUUCUGCCAAAUAUAUCCUCAUGAGGCCAACAGCCUCUUAAGGUCGAUACCAGGCUCCAGAUUGAUAAAGGCUGUCCCUGUCCUCUUCUUCACAUAAAAUAAUCUUAAAGCCAGACCCUGAAUCUGAGACAAACCACUGAGAUCACACACUACCAGACCAAUCAUUCCGUAUCAUGAAAGAGAACCUUGCAUCGGUGGAGGGUGACAUUUAUCUUAAAACAAAUGUUUCCCCUCAUUUUCUGCUCUCUGCAGCUGAAAUUUGUCAUUCCUCAAGAACACCUAAAGAAAGUCUGUUAAGAUGAGCUCUUGAGUAUUGAACAAGCCAUGGACUGAAGGGACACCAACAACCUUGAAACUGGAAUAAUUAGUAUUGGCUUUUAAGCAUGUCAGAUGUGCAUGAUAUGAUGUCACGCUAUCAGCUCCACAGUUUUCCUGUGUUAGGAAAAUGACUGCCAUAUGACAGUGACACAGAAAAAGCGCGGUUUGCUGAGCUGCCUGAUGAGACACGAAUUAGAGACUUCAUUGUGACUUUGAUGUUUUGAUCACAACAUCUGGUCGUUUCACAUUCCAAAGGUCAAUAUAUUUUUGCAGUCACUUUUCCUUGCCUGAUCAAUGGUUACCACUUUUUAAUUUUAUGCACUGCAAUGCUUCAUGCUCCAGUACCUACACACUGACCGUCCCAUGCCCUGUUGUAGCAAAGGCCAUAGAGCAAGGUUUCCCAGAGCAAAUGAUGGUUGAUAUAUAUACAGUGUAAGUCACAUUGGCCCCCUCUUCAUUGCAGCACUUUACGAAGCUUGCUUGUGGCAAAGCCCUGUGCACAGCUCCUUACAUUCGCCAGUCACAGUAAAUCUCAGAAGCUCCUGUAGGAAAACUGGUGUCUAAAAUCUUUCUUUAGCUAAUUUCACAAACUUUUGCAAGUAACCCAAAUCAGCAGUGGCGCUAAAUACAACAAAAGCAUAUUGAUCAAUAUAGAUGAAAUUCAAACUCUAGUCAUACCUUCUUUUAAAAUUGACGUUUUUUGCCUUCUAUCAAAGUGGUGUAUUUUAUAUACACCAUAUUGUAUCAUUAGAAAUUAUAUCAUUGUUAACAUUUCAUAGAUAAAGGCUGCUUUUAUUAACAGAACA